AUGGCCUGGUGCCAUUGCCAUUGUCUGCUGCCUAAAGCGAAUGACUUUCGGAAGCGAUGCUUUGCUGUUCGACGAGCUAUUCCCGGCCAAAGAGGCAGAUUUCCUCCUCCCAUUCAUGACGCAGAAGCCAAAGGCGGUCUUGCUCUGCGGCGACACCAAGCAACUUGGACCGGUCAUCUUUUCCCGGCUAUCAAGUCCGUAUGGACUGCAGAACCACUGGAACGACACAUGGCGGUAUACCCUUCUCGUCCUGUUGUGCAGCUGAUUCGCAACUACCGCAGCCAUCCUGAGAUUGUCGACGCCACCUCCAAGCUCAUCUACCAUGGAAAGAUGGUGUCGGGCCACCCAGCUGGGAAGUUUCCUGCGGACGAUGAUGCUGACCGCUUGUUUGACGUUGAGAUACACCGAAUGCUCAACGGCAUGUUCAAGAAUACAUGGGAACAUGCAGCCAGCCAUAGUCACGGUGCACUGUGGUUCCUUGACUUGAAAGACACUUUCAGCAACGAGUCAUCUGGAGAGAUGAUCUGGAACCCAACCGGAGCAGCAGCAGUGAUCCAGCUUGCCCUCGCCCUGCACAACGCUGGCAUUCACGAGGAGAAGACCACCAUCAUCAGCAUGUACUCAUUUCAGACUGUUAAAAUACAGCAAGCCCUCUUAUUCCUAGGUCGCAAUAUCCAAGCACGUACAGUCGACAGCUUCCAGGGUGCAGAGAACGUUGUCGUUAUCGUGCACUUCUCUGCAGCGUUCGAGAACAGACAGGUUCCCUUGGGCAUGCUGCAGAUAUGCGGAGGCUUAACGUUGCUAUCACCCGGGCCCAGCAGAUCUACAUUGUUGCAGGCAAUGCAUCGUUCUGGCAAGAGCGCGUCCACAUCUGCCAGCAUGAUAAGCAGCCUCAUUACGAUAUUCCCACGGAUCAACAUGGAAACAAGCGCUUUCCUGUCAAAAAGGGCACCAAUCCGCUGCUGGGACUUGUCAGCCACGUUCGGAACAGUCUAUCACAGGUCAUAA